UAAAAUAAAAAACAAAAGGAUUUUCUCUCUCGCUCCUUUCUCUUCUCUCUCUUCUACGGUUUCGUGAGUUAGCAUCUCCUCCGCCUCGCACGAGCUUCCGCCACCGUCGCCGCCGCCGCAUCCUACCGCCGCCAUGCCAACGCCGUCCGCUUCCUCCGAUCCAAUCCUGAAUCGCCUCGCCUCCUCCGAUUGCGACGUGAAAUUCAAAGCCAUCCGCGAGGUGAAGAACCACAUCAUCGGAAACCGAACCAGGAAGGUCUCCUACAUCAAGCUCGGCGCCGUCCCCGCCGUCGCCGCCGCACUCUCCGACUCCGACCCCAACCUCAUUGUCCAGUCCGCCGCCGCGCUCGGCAGCUUCGCCUGCGGCGUGGACGCCGGCGUCCGCGCCGUCCUCGACGCUGGAGCUUUUCCUCGUUUGAUCGGACUCCUCUCCGCUCCCGACGAGAAGGUUGUGGAUGCUGCUGCUCGUUCUUUACGAAUGAUUUAUCAAUCAAAACUUGCUCCAAAGUAUGACUUUUCUCAAGAGGAAAACAUGCAAUUUCUUCUGUCGUUAUUGAAAAGUGAGAAUGAAAAUCUUACCGGACUAGGUGCAGGCAUUGUUAUUCAUUCUUGCAAGACAAUUGGGGAACAAAAUAUAUUAUGUGACACUGGUGUUUUAGAGAAACUUACUAGCCUUCUUGAUGGUUCUCUAAGUCAGCGAGAUGCUAGUCUUGAGUCCUUAGCAGCAAUUAUUAGAAACAACCCAGCAGCUGUCUCUAAAUUUGUGGAACUUCAUAGUGGAAGAGCUUUAUGUUCUGUAACUGAACUAACUAAAGACAGAUAUCCUCGAACAAGGUUACUAGCAUGCUUGUGCUUGAUUUCUGUAAAGAAUUCUUCGUCUUGCUAUCUUCAAGACAUAGGAAUCAAAACCAAAUUGGUAUACAUUUUGCUUGAGCUCCUUGAUGAUUCCGGUCAAGUUGGAGAUGAAGCUGCUUUUGCUUUCUCAAGUUUAAUUGCAGAGAAGGAAGAUUUGCAGAAGUUAGCAUUUGAGGCAAAUGCUAUUAAUAAGUUUAACUGUCUCUUGCAAAAGUGUCCUGUGCAUCCAAAACGGCUUGAAGGGGUAUUUCUGGCCUUGGCUGAUCUGUGCUCAAAAUUGGAGUGCUGCAGGUCUAGUUUUCUUUCAUUGCAGGUCUUAAACCUAGUAGUUGAUGCCUUAACUCAUGAGGAUGCCAAUGUACGCACUGCAGCUUGCAUUUGCUUAAGAAGUGUCUCUCGCUCAAUCAAGAAUUUGAGUGCAGGUCGUUUUAUGAAUGAAAGGGUUGUUUUUCCUUUGGUUCAGCUUCUCUCUGAUCUUUCUACUUCUGUCCAGGUUGCAGCCCUUGGUGCCAUCAGCAACAUAGUGGUUGACUUUAUGCCACAUAAAUCAACAUUCAUACAAUGUGGGGGCAUUAAAGAGCUUGUGCAAUUGGCGAAGUCAAUGGACUCGUCUUUAAGGUUAAAUGCUGUAUGGGCCUUGAGAAACAUGGUAUUCCUUGCAGAUAAGAUGUGCAAGGAAGGAAUUUUCGUGGAGUUAACAGCCUCUUCAAUGGCUAGCCUUAUCAAUGAUCCAGAACCUUCUGUUCAAGAACAAGCUCUGGCCCUUGUUCGCAAUUUUGUUGAUGGAUGUGUGUACUCUGUUGAACAUGCUUUUGCUGAAGAUGGUAUUAUACUAGAUGCUGUUGGAAGACAAUUACAAAAAUCUUCAAAAAUUGAAAUUGGGAUACAGGGGAUGUAUGUUCUCAGCAAUAUCGCAAGUGGCAAUGAGUUUCAUAAGGAAGCAGUAAUGCAACUACUCUUCCCUCAAGAUGAGAAUCGGUCUUGCUCUUUCUUCGAGCAGUUUUUGAAGAGUAAUGACAGUCGCUUACGCACAGCUGCUGUUUGGGUUGUAGUAAACCUCACUUUUCCUGCUAGUCCAGGUGCAUUUGGUCGGAUUGUAAAUCUCCGUAGUUUUGGCAUUGUUUCUCGAAUAAAGAAGAUGGUCAAUGAUUCUUGCAUGGAUGUGAAGCUUCCUGCGAGCCUUGCACUUAGGCAGAUUAUUACUUUUGGUGAUAGUUGAAAGCAAUAAAAAUCCUCUGUUUCAAGUCGUUUGGCUAUGGACAAAGUCAAGAUAAGGGAUAUUGAUAGAAUUUAUUUUCUCUUGUGCUCACUCCUUUUGAAUACAGUACAAUGUGGUCUCCUGCCUUCUGCGUCAGCUUUAAAUAUGGUAUCAAUUUGCUUUAGUUUAUCUGAGUAAACUCUGAAGUUGGUCAUUCAUAGAUUCCAGUGUGACCUAAUAAGCCCUCCAAAGAUUUUUGUCAACAAUAUAUUCCCUCAAAAGAUAUGAUAUAUCACCACAUGACAAAUGGUGAUACAAAAAGAUGAAUUCGGUAAUUAUUUUAUAUUUUUUAAUAGAUUAAUUCGGUGACAAAAUUUUAGAGGACUAAUGUGGUAGCACAUUAAUCUUUUGAGAACCAACGUAGGGGUUUACUCUUUCUUUUAACCAGUCAGAGCAGUGUCUUUGGUUCUGUAUACAACUCUUGGCCAGGUUACCCUCAAUUUCAUUUUCUUUCUGUACAAUAUGUUUACUUUUUUGUAAAUCAGAUGAUCAUAGACUCAUGGUAGAUUUACAGGCUUUAGUGUUGUAAGAUAUGAGUUGUAAAUGUCAAUUUUAGAACUGAGUUUCAAUUUGAUUUUGGUUAUAUUGAUGAAUAGAAGAAUUGUCUAUGUUUCUGGCAUU